GUGAGCGACAGUGUUGAAAGAGUACGUGAACAAGGGUGGCGUGAGGACGCGCGGGCAAGAGCGACUGAAGGACUUUGUUGUCCACAAACAGCGGCGAAAGGCACAAAGUACUGCACUUAUAGGCGGGCAUGCCCACCCAAAGCCUGGAAUGCGACGGUAAUGAGUCUGGGACCCGCACGUCACUGGCGCAGGGUCUCAUCGUGGAAGCAGCCGAGCAGGCAGCCAGUCAAAUAA